AUGAAGAAACAUUUAAUUCGGGAUGUGGAACAUCAGAUACAGUUUAUCGAUUUGCAAUUGUUCGUACUGGAUGCUUUUCUCAAAGAUUUGAAGAACGUUAAAUUAGAAACGGCAAUGGAAAAGGCCUUGGUGAUGGAAGUCAAGGACUUCAUUGCCGCAAAGAAAAAUAGCCUGCCUUCAGUUUUCAACUUCUGGAUCCCAAGAAUGAUACUUAAGAGGCAGAUAGACAGGAUCGACGAUGGCUUCAGAGGCUUGUACGAAGCAAAGGAGAAAUACGGUUUUAAAUUUGUCAGAAGGCAACAACAGAGUCUCCCACAUCAGACCAAGUACCAUCCAGAUGACACAAAAGCAGAGUCAGAUCCUUCCAUGGAAAUUAGCCGGAUAGAGUAUCUUAUCCAGCUUAUUCAUAGAAGCGUCGAUGUAUAUCGCAUUGAGGAAAUUAGGCAAAAGCCAAGCUCACUCAUCGGCUUGGAAGAAGACGAACAUGCAUUGGUCUCGCAACUGAUCAAUGAACCCUACCCUGUUGUUUCCAUUGUGGAUUACAGUGACAAUGCACUCCACGACGAUGUAGCAAACCAAGUCCCAAGGACCAACUGGCUCGAGGAAGUGAAGGUGUCCUUGAAGGAGAAGAAAUGCCUUCUAGUUCUGGAUAACAUCUCGACAAAGGAAGCCUGGAAUUCUGUACAAGCAGAAUUCUCAAAGAAGGAAGAUGGGAGCAAGAUUUUGCUCACCACACGCGACAGGAAAGUGGCUUCACAUGCUAGCCAAAACCCCACAGCCCACCACCUUCGACUACGAACUAAAGAAGAGAGCUGGCAGUUGUUUAUCCACAAGGUGCAAUUUCCACCCGACCUCCCUUCAGAGGUAGAAGCACUACCAACAGCGAAAAAACUGGUAGAAAUAUGUGGGGGUUUACCACGAGCAAUUGAUAUUCUUGUUGAUAAAAUUUCAGGGAAAGGUGUGACUGGACCAUGCUACAGUCCCGUGGCUGGGAGCCAGCCAAUACCUGCUGAUGGUAAUGAAACUGUUGAUGAUGUUGCGGAGAAGAAAUUAUUAGAGCUGAUAGACCUAAAUAUUAUCCGAGUUGUGCAAAAAAAGAUUAAUGGGAAAAUCAAGACAUGCCAGUUGCCGGGUUUCCUGCGAGAACGUUGCUUGUCCAAAUUUGCACGUUAUAGCAACCUUCACUCCUUCCUGUCCUUUGAUUUUCGAGAAGGAAACAAACCUGGAGAAGAUAUAGGGAAUUUCCUCCGCAGGACAAUUGCAAGCUUCCAACUUUUACGUGUUCUUGAUCUCGAACUUGUAUUCAGACAGCAACUGCCCGACUCCAUAGGCAACUUGAUUGAACUGAGGUAUCUUGGCUUAAGGUGGACAUACCUCGAGACGAUCCCAUCAUCCAUUGGCAAAUUGUUGAACCUUCAUACUCUAGAUGUGAAGCAUACUUGUCUCAGGGAGUUGGAGAUCAGGUCGUGCAAGAGAUUGGAGGUUCCCACUGGGUUAAACCACUUAAAGUCCCUCCUUGAAUUGACGCUGACAGACAUGCCAGAAAAUUUCGCAGAAACAAUCAAGGAAAAAAGAAAUGACAUAUUUCGGUCUGAUGUUGCCUCAUUUCCUGUCAUCACUAUAAAGAAAUUGGCUUCAAGCUGA